AUGGCGCCUGCUAGCCAGAACGAAGAGUCCGACGAUGGCUCUUUCAAUGUCAUCAGUGAAAGAACUCCUCCUAAACGACAUGGAAUCCGCUGGGCUCCUCUGAACAUCGGCAUCGAACGACGCCUCCAGACCCUCAUCGUUCUCUGUCACACCUUGACCAUCGCCAUAUUCCUAACUGCGUUUUUCUUCGUCUGCGCAAUGCCCCUAUUCUGGCCGUUACUUGUCCCGUAUCUGGUCUACAUCUCUCUUUUCUCGACUGCCGGAACGUCAGGCAGCCUAAAGUCGCGUUCUCAGAGACUUCGUGCGCUUCCGAUCUGGAAAGUGUAUGCUGCCUACUUCCCCGCACGCCUGCAUCGCACUGAGCCGCUGCCGCCGACUCGAAAGUAUAUAUUUGGAUACCAUCCCCAUGGGAUUAUUUCUCACGGGGCCUUUGCGGCCUUUGUAACUGAAGCGCUUGGUUUCUCUAAGCUAUUCCCCGGCAUCACAAACACUUUGCUCACAUUAGACUCCAAUUUCCGGAUCCCGUUCUACCGAGAAUAUGCCCUGGCAUUAGGACUCGGUAGCGUGUCCCGCGAGUCCUGUGAAAACCUGUUGACCAAGGGUGGCCUCGACGGUGAGGGCAUGGGUCGGGCCAUCACUAUAGUGAUUGGCGGGGCCCGUGAAUCUCUCGACGCACAGCCAGGUCGUCUUCGCCUCGUGCUCAAAAGCCGCAAGGGCUUCGUAAGACUGGCUGUGCGUACCGGCGCAGACCUCGUCCCCGCAAUCGGGUUUGGCGAAAACGAGCUCUACGAGCAAGUCAACCCGGAAGAACACCCUUGGAUCCACAAGUUUCAGAUGCUUGUGAAGAAAACCAUGGGAUUCACAAUACCCUUGUUUCAUGCGCGUGGCGUUUUCAACUACGAUGUUGGCAUGAUGCCCUAUCGACGACCCCUCGACAUUGUCGUUGGGCGCCCGAUCCAAGUGGUCCAGCAAAAGGACAACAGCAAAGUUGAGGAAAGUUACAUUGAUGAAUUGCACGAUAAAUACGUCCGAGAACUGAAGCGACUGUGGGAAGAAUGGAGGGAUGUAUACGCAGCAGGAAGAACAUCGGAGAUUGAGAUUACGGCGUAG